UUUUUCAUCAAUACUUUUAACUCAACCAGUUAAAGUUGUACUAUUCGCAAUAUUUUUUGCAUUAAUUAUUCGUAAAGAUGAAGAUAUUGUAAUUGAUAAAGAUGAAGAUGAUAUAUUUCUUGAUGGGGAUGAAGAAUAUUUACAUGCAUUUGAUGAUCAAUCUUUAUUAACAUUUCGAUCAAAAUCUGGACAUAUACCAUUAUCAGAAGGUGAAAUAGCCUAUGCAAGACAAAAACGUUUGAAUGAAAUUAAAAUGUGGGAAAUCAUAAAAGAAAUACUUGCAUAUGGAUCAUUUUUAUGGAUGCUUUAUCUUGUUAGUUAUUCAAAUCGAGAUCCAAAUUCAUUUUAUCUUAUGCAACAUUUACAAUCAGAUUUUCUUAAUGUAAAUAGUGCAACUGAAGAUUUUACACAGAUUACUCGUAUGACUGAAUACUGGGAAUGGUUAGAUAAUGUAUUUGUAAACAAAAUUCGUGCUUCUACAUGGUAUAAUGGUGAUCCACCAGCUAAUCUAGCUGGUUUUAUUGCCGAUCGAACAAAUCGUGUACUUGGUUGGGCAUCAAUACGUCAACUACGUGUUAAAACUGAUUCAUGUACAAUUAUGUCAGCAUUUAAAAAUCUGUUUUCGUCUUGCGAAGCUGGAUAUAAUGUGUUCAAUGAAGAUACACAUUCAUAUUAUCCUGGUUGGACAUCUCUAUAUAAUUCAACUGUUGGUCCACUUUCAAAUUAUUCAACAAAAAUAAGUAAUGCAUUUAUGUACAAUAAAAGUGAUACACUUGGUACAUAUUCAUAUGCUGGUGAACAUGCAACAUAUAGUGGAGGUGGUUAUGUAUAUGAAUUUCGUGGAAAAAUGAGUGAUAUUGUAUCAAAUUUAUCAGCAUUAAGAGAAUUAUCAUGGAUUGAUGUACAGACAAGAGCUGUUAUAAUACAAAUGAGUCUUUAUAAUCCAAAUGUAAAUUUAUUUACACUUAUUACUAUUCUUGCCGAAUUUUUACCAACAGGUGGUGUUUAUACAUCAGCACGUUUCGAACCAAUAACAUUAUUAAGCUCAUUUGAAGGUUUUGCUUUAUUUAAAUUAAUUUGUUCAAUUGCUUAUAUGGGAUUUAUAAUCUAUUAUAUGCAAAGAGAAAUUCGUUCAUUAUUAAAACAACGUAUGGCAUACUUUCGUGACUUUUGGUCAUAUGUAGAAGUUGGUAUAAUUGCAUGCUCAUGGGCUGGUUUAGGUAUUUAUGUAUGGCGUAUACAUGAGGGUAAUCGUGUUGGUGAAUUAUUCAAAGAAACAAAAGGUUAUACGUUCAUUAGUUUACAAAUGGCAACAUAUGUCGAUGAUAGUUUAACAUUCCUAUUAGGAUUUUGUUGCUUCUUUGGUACAAUUAAAUUUCUUCGAUUAUUAAGAUUUAAUCGUAGUUUAUCAACAUUAUCUGGAACAUUAAGUUAUGCAUUAAAAGAUUUAAUAGCAUUUUCGGCUAUGUUUGCAAUAAUUUUUAUAAGCUUUUUAACAUUAUUCUAUCUUUUAUUGUCUUCAAAAAUUAUGGAAUGUUCAGAUCCAAUAAGAGCUGCACAAAUGUUAUUUGAAAUGAUGUUAUUAAAAUUUGAUGUAUCAGGUUUACUUGCUGCUGAUCCUUUUCUUGGACCAUUCAUUUUUGUAUUAUUCAUUAUAUUUGUUGUUUUUAUUUGUAUGACUAUGUUUAUUGCAAUUAUAGCUGAUUCAUUCCGAGUUGUUCGAGAAAAUGUUGCAUUACAAGGUAAUGAAUAUGAAAUUGUUGGCUUUAUGAUAAAUCAAUUCAAGAAAGUGACAGGCUUGGGUACAACUCAAGAAGCGGAUCGUUUACAUUUGAAUCCAUAUGAUGGUAGUAAAGUUCAUUAUCAUGAUCCAAUCACAUCAUUUCCUGAUAAGAUGGAUGAAUUAAUAGUUGCAUUAAAUAAAAUCUAUAUGGAUACAAAACGUAAUGAUACAUUUACACUUCGUCCAAACGAGAAUAAUAAUCCAUUGGAGACAGAUAGAAGUCAAGAUGGCGUAUCAAAAAAGAAGAAUAAAAAAAUGAUUUGA